CUUCCUCCUGUGAGCAUUUACAACAAGAUCCCGGUGUCCAACUUUCCUAUAUGUGACACCAGUUAAUACUUCCAUCACCUGUAGACCUAUAAUAGUUAACCUGCUCGUGGUACUGUGGCUCUGGUGGUCACCCCGAUACUGCCACGUCCGGACUCUUGAUUGUGUUAAGGCCGCCGAGAUGAGGAUUGUGUCAGCCAUGAUCCACCACGCCCUGCUCCUGGCGUCUAUGUGGACGUGGGCGUAUGCGGCCAAGGUGGACUCUUGCGCCCUCCAAAUAGUACGUGGAGUCAAGCGGCACACCUCCCACCGUCAGGCGCUCUUCACUAACGUGGUCAACGUCCCGUUGCCGGGCACGGUGUGUAUAACCUACGCCGAUGUUGAAGCUGCUCUGUUCACCGCUUCUUCACGAAUAGCUGUGAAUCCCUCCAAGGGAGAAAUCAUGCCGGAAGAGAUAGCCCCCAUUGGAGAGAUGCUCCUCGAAGCCUCUAGCAUCCUCGCCACCCAGUACGGACUGACGGCGUCGGAACUGUUUCACAACCUUCCCCUGGUGGACAUGACUAAGACAUCAGCAACCAAAGUGUGUCCUCGCUUCGCCUUGCCCAUGACCUGCACCCCAGGCAAGUUCCGGCGGUACGACGGCCUCUGCAACAACCUCCACAGUCCCACCUGGGGCGCCAUCAAUUCUGUCUUCUCCAGGUUCCUCCCGCCAGACUACAGUGACGGUAUCGGCAGCCCGCGACUGGCUCGGGACGGUCACCAGCUGCCCAACCCGCGAAUCGUGUCUUCUAUGAUCCACCGCGACGACGGCUUCCACGACCACGCCGCCACCCUCUUGCUGGUGUCUUGGGGGCAGCUGAUGGACCACGACUUUACUCUCACCGCUACCCCUCUAGACCCGCGGAACAAGAACGAAAUUGAGGAGUGUUGCAACCGACCCCCGGCCCUCAAGAACCCUUACUGCUUCGAGAUCAACAUCCCCCAUGACGACCCCUUCUAUAGGCUCUUCAAGUUCACCUGUAUCGACUUCGCCAGAGGCUUCCCAGGCGUCCAACAGAACUGUAGACUGGGUCCGCGCACACAGUUCAAUUUGCUGACCAGCGUCAUCGACGGCAACACAGUGUAUGGCGGCAACGAGAGAGCAGCCAGAGAGCUGAGGUCUGGUGUAGGGGGCCUCAUGCGUACACACGACGGUUUCCCCGGAAUGCCUCUCAAGUCGCUCCUCCCCCUCAAGACGGACAUACCCGACGAAGGCUGCAUACGAGGCUCAGGCUCCCAGAGGUGUUUCCUGGCAGGCGAGAUCCGGGUUAAUGAGCAACUGAUCCUCACCUGCUCCCACAUCUUGUUAAUGAGAGAACACAACCGCUUGGCCAUGGAUCUUGGCUCUCUCAACCCGCACUGGGAUGACGAGAGGUUAUACCAGGAAGUUCGUAGGAUAAUCGCUGCUCAGAUUCAGCAUAUCACCUACAAUGAGUUCCUGCCACAGCUGUUGGGUCGAGAAGUGAUGGAGCAAUUCGGUCUCCUGUUGCAGAAAGAGGGUUACUGGGACGGCUAUGACCCUAAGGUGGACCCAGGCAUCUCUUCCUCCUUCUCUGCCGCCGCCUUUAGGUUCGGUCAUUCCCUCCUGCCGUCCUCCGUAGAGCGCUGGAGCCCCUCUCAUAAGUUCAUAGCUUCGCGACGUCUGCACGAAUUGAUCCGCCAGCCAUACGACUUGCACCGUCCCGGGGUGUUGGACGAGUACAUUAUGGGCAUGUUGAACCAGCCAAGCCAGGCCAUGGACGACGGCAUCACCCAGGAGGUCACUAAUCAUCUGUUUCGAGAGGAACAUGAGAAGUUUGGCUUUGACCUGGUGGCCUUCAACAUCCAGCGUGGUCGAGAGUUUGGAGUCCCGGGCUACGGUGCCUGGAGGAGAUACUGCGGCCUAGAACCCAUCCUCUCCUUCCAAGCUCUCACCCACCUCAUGUCCAACAACACUGCCUCCCUGUACGCUAGCAUCUACAGGUCGGUGGACGAUAUUGACUUGUGGAGUGCUGGGGUAUCAGAACGGCCCCUACCCGGCUCCCUACUGGGUCCCAUCUUCUCCUGCAUUAUUGCUACCCAGAUGCAGCGACUCAGACAAGGCGACCGAUACUGGUACGAGUUACCUGGUCAACCUUCCUCCUUCACCCUGGCCCAGUUGGAGUCUCUAAGGAAGGUGCGUCUGGCGAGGCUUAUCUGUGACAACGCUGACAACAUAGAGACCCUACAGGUGUAUCCUAUGGUGCUGCAAGACCCGCGCAUUAACCCGCGGGUGUCGUGUAAGAGCGGUGUUAUCCCCCGCAUGGAUCUGAGACCCUGGGCUGAACAUCCUAAGUCCUCCAUCCCACGACAACAUGUGUUGGCGAGGAACAGUGUGGUGCCCGGCAUUCCCAGAUCAGCCCAAUCAUUUUUCAGCGCAAUUGGCCUUUUACACUGAACACAUCUACCCCAUACUAUCCAGUGUUGUUAAUAUAUCAAAUAUUUUAUGAUAAAAACAUUCACUUUGGCUGAUAACGUCCUGAAAACCAUCAGCCAGUGGUAAUGAACUCCAAAGAUAAAAAACAACUGUUGGUUUUAGUCACUGAAUCUCCAACAUUAUUUACCAUGAUACAUGUGCAUCUGUUCCCUACCUCCACCACAUACCAUUCAUAACAUAAGCAAAGUUCCAGGCAUAGAAUCUUUACUUUUAGUAUUAUUGUGACCAUGAACAACAACUAAGAAGUAUUGUACUGUACAGUAUUAAGAAUGGCUAAAGCAACAGAAGAAAUACAAGAAAGUUUACAAAAUAAGAAUAAUUAAAUACAUUGGCCAUAUUAUUAGGGAGGGGGGGGGGAUAAUGGAAGGGAUAUUAAUUGGUACAAGGGCAGGAGGGUCGGGGGAAUAUUGCAUAAAAAGUUGGAGCAGCCGAGAUACAAUACAGUACAGUAUCUAGAAAAGUCGUUUAACGUUUGGAAUAGGCGGCCAAGGUCGCCAACCCACAGACAUGAGUAUGGCACUUUAGUUGAUUGAGUGUAAUGAACUGAUACCAAAAUAGUGAUGUAUUUGUUAGAAUAAAGACAAUAUUUUCUC